AUGUUCACAGGGCAUACAUUCCUCAAUCCUCAAAUGACAUGUGAGCCUGAUAUUACCAUAACCACAAGGACGGACGACGACGACUGCCUGAUCCUCGCAAGCAACGGGUUGUGGGAUGUGAUCUCAAACCAGAAGGCAUGCAACGUCGCUAAGAAGUGCCUGGAAGACAAGAGCAAGUGUGCGAACGCGCCGGUAGGAAAGGAGGAAGAGGUUCGCUGUGUCUGUGCUGCUAUCCGCCUAUCAAAUCUUGCCAUCAACGAGCAUAGCCUCGAUGACAUCAGCGUGGUCGUGCUUGAUCUGAAGCUUAGACAUGACAGGUAG